AUGAAGAAGUUAUUGAAGGAGCCUUCUAAGCUUUCUGAGCCAAGAACAAAGGAAAAACUUCAUCAAGCACAAAGGAGAAUGAAGCUAAAAAACAGAGAUGAUAGUGGGAAAAGAAAUUUUCCACCUUGUGGUACUUAUGGGAAGACAAAACAUAGUAAAGAUAGAUACUGGAAAAGGGCUCAAUGCAAUUUUUGCAAGAAGCAAGGUCAAAUUGAAAGGUUUUUCAAAGCAAAGCAAAAUCAAUAUCAAAAGCAACUUGCUCAACAAGCCAAUUUCAGUGAAGAUCAACAAGAAGCUGAAGAAUCUUUAUUUGUUGCAUUUCAAGUGUGUGAGUCAACAAAGAAAUAUAUUUAUAUUGUUGACAGUGGCUAUACAAAUAACAUGGCCAAUGAUGCAAGUUUUUUCAACUUUUUGGAUAGAUUUGUCAAUACUAAAGUGAGAAUAGGAAAUGGAGAAAUUGUACAAGCUAAAGGAAAAGGUUCAAUUUCACUCCAAACGAAGAAAUGUAUGAAGCUCAUUUCUGAUGUUUUGCUUACUCCAAAGCUUGAUCAAAAUCUUCCUAGUAUUGCACAAAUGAUAAAGAAGGGAUACUCUAUGGUAUUUAAAAUGGAUUUUCAUUCCAUUUAUGACUCACAUGACUAUAAGGCUAUUGAAGCAAGAUUGGAGAAUAAUAGCUUUGUUUUAAAUUUGAAAUAUGAUGUAUUUAGUGUUGUACCUAAUGAAAUACUUGACUGUGAUAAAGGUGAAAGUGAAAAGAAAAUUUUAGUACAAAAAAGUGAUUCUGUAGGUGUUGAAACAAAAGAAGGGUGGUGCAAAGUAGUUGUUUUUGAUGCUUUUUUUUAUGUUAAAGACUCAAAAUUAGAUGUUUGCUACAAUAAAAUCAAGGAGGAGUGCAAAAAGAUUAAACUAGCUAUAAAAUUUCAAAAUGAGAAUGGUAGGAGAAUGGUUAUUGCCUCAAGAACAAAUCAAGUUAUUUGGUUCAAGAAGAGUUUAGUUAAGCAAGCUAAAGUUUCUUAUGUUUCCAGCAAUAAAAAAAUAUGUUGUUUCAGUUGCAAGAAGUCAUUUUAA